UGCUGGAGUACACACAGACUUAUAGUCCUUCAAGUUUUCACUUUUUAAACAACAUUAUGAAUUAGUACAGUUAGAUGUUAAAUGUCUCAAUGGCGAAAAUUUCUUAGGUAAUAAGUCUCCUGUCGUAUGGAAGCAAUUGUGAGCUGGCCAUUGUAUGCAAAUAGCACGAGCUCCAUGUUGACAAAAAUCAUUCAUCCGUAUAAAAUCCGGAAAUGUUUUACAGCUAUCAAUAUAAAAUGUUAUUGGAUUGUUAGGUAAUUCAUAACCAAUAUAACUGCUCAUUCUGAUAACAAGUUUGUCUUCAAGAGUGUUUAGUGGGCGAUGACUUCAAGUACACAGAGUCCACCUCCGCAUCGCUACCUCACCCAAACCUCAGUGAGUGGGUGCGUGUACGCGAGCUUCCCCACCCUGCAGCACGUCCGGUCAUCACUGCUGUACACCGCCGACAGCAAGUGGCACGGAAUGCACCAAUCCACUUAAGACCAAUAAAACUUUUGUUGUUGGCAGAGUUUAUUGGGAUCUGCACUCCCUGUCAGCACUAAAAUUUUUUUAAAAAUCGUGAAGGAUCGAGUGUCGUCUGCUGUCCAAUCAACAGGUUAGGGGGAAAUAUGGCGGAACGACAGAAGUUUGGAUAUGAGCAAACUCUGCUUUAUGGACAGUACACUCGAGAGUUGGGAACAUUUGCCAAAUUUCAAGCCAAACGCCUGAAAAAAUAUGAAGCACCAGAACAACUUGAUAUUAAAAGGCCCUAUGGAUUAUUGGCUUACUUAGAUUUUUGUAGAGUCAUUCGGGAUGCUAUUUUCAACAAAAUUGGAGAAGACUGGGUGUUUCUUACCAUUCUGGGCAUUUUGAUGGCAUUGCUAAGUUUUGCCAUGGAUUUUAUCAUUGAAAAAUGCCAAGAAGCCAAGUUCUGGUUAUAUGAUGAGCUCAAGUUCUCUGUUCCCCUGCAGUACUUUGCCUGGGUCUCUUACUCCUUGCUUCUCAUUUUAUUUGCAGUUGGCUUCUCACACAUUGUUUCCCCUCAAGCAAUAGGUUCUGGCAUUCCAGAAAUGAAAACUAUCCUAAGAGGAGUUGUUCUAAAGGAAUACCUGACAUUUCGGACACUAGUUGCAAAAGUUGUGGGCCUAUGUGCCUCGCUAGGUAGUACUCUUCCCAUUGGAAAAGAGGGUCCAUUCGUCCAUGUUGCCAGUAUGGUAGCCACAGUUUUAAGCAAGUUUUUCAGUUCUUUCAAAGGAUUAUAUGAGAAUGAAUCACGCAGGUCAGAGAUGUUGGCUGCUGCAUGUGCUGUAGGUGUGGCUUGUACUUAUGCAGCACCUAUAGGUGGUGUCCUGUUUAGCAUAGAGGUUACUUCAAGCUAUUUUGCUGUACGAAACUACUGGCGAGGAUUUUAUUCAGCUGUCUGUGGGGCCUUAGUAUUUCGCCUUCUAGACUACUGGUACAAAGAUCAAGAUACAAUAACUGCUAUGUUCAAGACAAACCUUAGAACAGAAAUUCCUUUUGAUGUUCUGGAACUGUUUGCUUUUAGUGCCAUAGGUAUUGCUUGUGGAUUUGCUGGUGCUCUUUUCAUUCUCAUGCAUCGUAGAGUUGUUCUUUUCACGCGUAAGCAUAAGAAGUUGUCUGCCUUUCUACAGAAAAACCGGUUUAUAUAUCCAGGAGUUGUGACUUUAGUCAUAACAUCUCUUACAUUCCCUCCUGGGCUGGGCCAGUUUUUUGCUGGACAACUCACCAACAAACGAGCCAUCAAUGAACUGUUUAGCAACAUGACAUGGGCGACAGGACAAACUGAAACUCUAAAUGAGGAAACUAUUCUGUCUCACUGGCAGCACCCCCUGACUAAUAUCUACGUCACCCUUGUCUUAUUUGUCAUCAUGAAUUUUGUGAUGGCUGUUUUCUCCAAUACCAUGCCUCUACCAGCUGGUGUUUUUGUUCCUGUGUUUACUAUUGGAGCUGGAUUUGGCCGUCUGGUCGGUGAGAGCAUGGCAGCAUGGUUUCCUGAGGGCAUACCAUCAGGAGAUACUGUUCGCAAAAUUGUACCUGGAGGGUAUGCUGUUGUUGGUGCUGCUUCAUUUGCUGGUAGUGUGACCAGAACAAUAUCAACAUCAGUUAUUGUGUUUGAGGUGACAGGACAGAUCAGUCAUGUUUUGCCAGCAGUUCUAGCAGUUUUGAUUGCAAAUGCAGUGGCAAAUGUUCUGCAGCCAUCAUUUUAUGACAGCAUUAUACGGUUAAGGUGCCUGCCAUACCUACCUGAUAUCCAAACAUCUAAGGCAAAUACUUGGAGACUGUUUGUGGAGGACUUCAUGAUUCGCGAUGUCAAAUAUGUGCCAUUUACAGCCAGAUACAUCGAUAUUCAGAACUUAUUGCUAAACACAUAUCAUCGUGCAUAUCCCCUUGUGGACAGCCCAGGCUCUAUGAUCCUGCUGGGGUCCAUACAGCGAUAUGAGCUGGAGCGCAUGCUGCUUGUUCAACUCACUCCAGAUGUGCCUGUCAUCAUUCACCAUGACAAUGUGGACUUGAUGGACAAGAGUAAUGGCAGGCCUCCCACUCCACCCACUAUAGAAUCCAUAGAUUUAACUCCCCAGGAGAGACCACUCCCACGUUUCACUGUGACACGAGUGGAUGAAGAUGAGCGUGAAGUAAACAUUGUUAAUGAUGUUGAGAAGCCAAAGAUAGAAGAACUCUCACCUAACCUACUUCGAGUGCCUUCACGACUAUCAUUGAGAAGUGUAGAGAGUGCAGAGAGUGCAGACAGUCUUGAGAGCAGUGUCCAAAAAAACUACAACACAGUCCAUGUACCACUUCACUCCAUUCUCAAAAAGCCAUCUGCUUCUCCUAAACUAACUCGACGUGCAAGCACCGGUGACUUGAAAGAGGAUCUGAACCAGUUUUACAGGAAGCUUGCUAAAAGACAUAAAGAAGGCCGAAUGGAAGACCGACCAUUUAAAAUCACAAGUGCUAGAAACAGCAGCAACAACAUGGGGAAGAAAGUCAAACUGCCCCCAGAAGCCCGAAGAGUAAAAGAGGUGACGCAGAAAGAGCAAGAAGAAUGGGAGAAUUCACAACUAUCCAUGCCUGUGGACUGGGAGGGCGUGCAGAUUGACCCAGCGCCCUUCCAGCUUGUUGAACGCACAUCUCUUCAUAAGGUGCAUUCUUUAUUUUCCCUGCUGGGUCUGGGCCAUGCCUAUGUGACAAACACUGGGCGUCUUGUAGGUGUGGUUAGUUUGAAAGAGCUGAGGACUGCAAUUCAAGGUCAGCUGGAGACUCAGGCUGCAAACAAAGGAAAACAACGCUCUAAAAAUGAUGAGGAUGAUGAUGAAGAUAAUGAAGUGCCCAUAGUUCUUGAGGAGUUGGAAGUUGAACAUAGGUUAACACCUAAAGAGGAAUAUCGCCUUCAUGCUGUAAACCUUGAUAUAAAUGACCAUUACUCAUCUACAUCUCGUAUCUGAAACACUCUUUCGCAAAAAUGUUCUAAAAAGCCUUAUUAUUGUAAUUCAGAUACUAAUAUGAAAAGUAAACAAGCCAGAUUUCCAUGAUAACAAAUUAGAGAAUUUUUUUCAUUUUGAUAUAAUAAUGACAUAUGAUGGAUACUCAGGCUGCAUACAAAGGAAAAAAGAAAAAUGAGAUUUAAGUUCCAAUGAAGAGGACACUGGCAGCUACUUUUGCAUUAGACGAAUGGCUGUCUCCGAAUACUUGUUUGAGAAACAGGGAGCUUAAAUCAGAUGAUUUAAGAGAAGCUCUAUUCGACAACUUAAUCAUAUCUUGAAAACUCUGAAACAAGAUGCAGGAUAUGCCAGCAGAUAUUGGAUAAGGGAUUGUGGGGGAGGUAUUUUAUGUCAAGUCAGUGACAACAGCUAUAUCACAACCAUGCAGCUGGUCCUGUAAGCAGGUUUCGCAUGUAGAGAAAAAAAACAACAACAACAUACCCAAGACAAAAUCUGAACCCAGGACAGCCAAUCAUCACUGUAUUGAUAAUGCUUAACUGUUGUGUCACCAGACUGUGCUAGUAUAUGUUGGAACACAACAAAAAAACACAAAUGGUAACAGAAAUGACUCCCUCACACUAAAUGGCAGCAUCAAUAGAUGGUAUUAAAUGGCCACCAAAAGGAUCGUUGUCAGAUGGGGGAUAAGCAUUAUGACUUUCAUUUAAAAAAACAGUCAGAAUAAGAUUUCCUCAUUAAUAUGUUCCUUACAUGUCAGGUCACAUUGGCAUGAAGUUGAAGACUAUCAGUAGCAGCAGGCUGUUAUUGUUAUGCUGAUAUUUCAUGCAUAAACAAUUCAAAUUUGCUAAAGGAUUUAUGCAGUUUGAUUAUUGAUUAUUAUUUUAAAAUAAGUUUUUGGGGAUGGGAAUAAUGUAUCCGAGUCAUGCAGUAUGAAUUUUCCCACCUGUGAGUACUGAGUUACUGAAAUAUGGAGACCACUGAGAAAACAAAAUUGUUGCUAACAUAUGAUACAUUCCCAUUGUGCUUAUAAUCUUGUACAUGUAACCAAAUGGUGACAUCUCAUUGAUGAUUUUGCAGGUUUGCACUGAUUAUUUUGCAAUACUUAUUCAAGUACAAUUGUGUGGAAUCCAGUUUGAAAAUAACAAGAAGAUAAUGCUUAAUUAUUUUUGAGAAUUUUUUUCUAAAAUCUUUGUUAAUCAUUAUUUUUUUUUUAUUAAUUAACCUAGUGCAAGUGAUAAUAAAGAGUGCCAACAUCUUUUUAGUGCCUAGAUGUUAUAAAAUGCUGACAAAUUCUUGAUGUUUCUGUCACAAGCCAUUAAAGCUGAAAUAUUUAAAAGGGUUAGUCCCCCUGUCAGUUAAUAGUGUAUAUAUAUAUUGCAUUGUUUGCAAUCAGGUGGUCUGCUUCAUACGCAUUUGUUACUUUAUUUUUUUGGUUUUGAUAGUGGUUUGCUUAUUGCUUGUUUCAAGGUGCUCUACUUGGUUAAGUUCCAUGCAUGGUGGGUUAUUUUGCUUGAGAGUGCAGGGUGGCUUCCCAUUUUCAUGUUUUUUUACACUUUCAUGUUGGCUAGUGAAAAUAACACAAGAGAUUGUGCUGUGUUUCAAAUUUGUGAUAAGUGCACUUGCAGAAACAAAAAAAAUAGCCUGUGCCUUCACACAAAGUUCCUAAAAAGGAAAAUCCUGCUGAUAAAGCUGAUCUGGAUCACACGUAAAGUCUUCAUAGUGCUUCUGGCUGGUGGUACAAAAAAAAUGCUUACAAAAGUUAACUUACUGCGUCCAUCAUUAGAUUUUCCAUCUGCACUUUUAUUCUUGAUAGUAACUUUAGCAGGUAACUUGUACUGUACUGUAUUUAGGGUGUGUGUACAGAAGGACCAUGUACUUCAGUUUGUACAUAUUGCACAGGGUGGUUUGCUGCAAGGUGGGGGGUACAUGUGCAAUGACUAUUUCUAAUUGUUUUCCAUAUGGUUCAAAAGUUAUUUAUGUGUAUGAGAAUGAUAGUAUACACCAGGUAUAUGCAAAUAGGCAGAUAAGCCUGUUUAGUGGAUUUAUUUAUUUUUUUUGUUACUAUGAUUUUGUAAAACUGAUAAAAUAGUUGGAACUUGCUGAUCCUGUCUUGUUUCAUCCUGUCGUGCAUUAUCCAUGAUUAGUAUUUCAUUGUUCAUGAAGAAAUAGGGCACUUGUUUGUAUAUGCAUAGGAACAUGCUUGGCAGCAGGUAGGCAAUUAUGCAGUGCUAUAACAACAAUACACAGCCUUUCUCAAAUAAAAACGAAGAGAACCAAUCGAAGGGGAUAGGAAGGCUGAGUAGGUAUUACUAUUCUAUAGCUUGAUGAUCAGUGCAUUGGACUGUGGAACAGGUCUUUCCAUGUUUUAAGCCAAACUUUAUCCUGUGACUGGAAAACUUCCCUUGUCCACCCAAUGGUUGUCUGAUUACCAAACUUCAUCUGGAUAUUUACUUCUUAAUUUUGCUUACUGUUAUGUCCACAGUGACCAAAGGUUUUUUGAUCAGUAAAUGAAAGCAGUGAAAGGAAAGAGUUGCCAUACCCUAGACAUAGUGAGCUAUUUAAUAUUUACUUUUCCUAUAAAAUCAAGGUUUGGAACCCUAUCAUCAAAUGAAAGUGGGGAAAUUUGGUAUAUGGUAGCUGUCAGUGCAGUGUACUUCGUGUUUGGUGGCACAGUAGUGAUACCUGUAAUUUCAGUGAAAGAACCCCAGUGCCUUUGGUGUUAAGGAGAUAUCAUGUGGCUACUAUUGGCGCUUGCUUGAACUUUCUGCUACAAUGUGUAUUUUGAUCUGAAUGCAUUGACAAAUAUGUAGUGUUGAUGAAAUGAUGUUAUAUGAUUAUAUGCUGUUUUGUAUGAUGUACCAAUAGAUACUGAUGUAUUUUUGCAUUUUUCUGGUAUGUCCUUUGCUGCAGAUAUGUAUGAUAACAGAACAUAUUGAUAUUUUUGAAUAUUUUUAUUGGCUUCCGCUUGGAGAUCCAAUAUAAAACAAGCUCUCUGUUCAUCUGUUGUAAUUUGCUGGUAUCAGUUAUAUCAGUUAUUCACUUUUUGUGUUUGUGUUUGCUUUGUGAAAAGAAAAAAAUUGAAUGUGCCUUUUGAAGGACACUAGUAGGCAUUGAAAGAGAUAAGUGUGUGAUUCAUGGGAGUUAACUUGUGCAACCUGCAAAGUGAUGUCAUGCCAUCUAAAAAGUUGCUAGAAUAAGCAUAUGCACCUAUUGAUAUGAAACAUUUUCCUGGUGAUUGGUAUUAUUUCAAAGAAGCACAAACAUUGCUUGUGGACUUCAUGAAUAAGGUAUGGGAGGGUCGACAAGAUUGGGAAAGACAGAAACCAAUUGGGUGUUUCUCAUAUUUUGAGUCUGAUUGCUUUAUCCCAAGACAAUGAAGUCUAAGAAAAAAAACAACUUUCCUCUUGUCAGGCAAUAGCAGUCAAAGAAGAGAUUGAAAAUAUCAUUGAAAAAACAUGAAGUGGAGACCUUAAUGUCAUUCUUCACUUUUCUAACAUUAUUACUUUAUUAAGUUUUUAAAAAUGAUGUACAUUUUUGUGUAUAUGAUAUUCAGUUUUAUAGCAUUUUCUUCUGAUUAUGAUAUUUACAUUCACUUUAUGGUAAAUUUGGUUUAUGAAAUUUUUAAUGAAAAAUAUUGCACAUCAUGUUUUUUGCUUUCUAGUCCAUUGUGAUCAGUAAAGGAGAACCAGAUGAUAAGGACUCAGUUUGUCCUCACUUUAAACCAGCACUUAUACUUGUUUCUGUUUUGCUCCAUAAAAACAUGCUGAUUAUACAAUAUAAGGAACAUAUGUGAUGAAUAUGUAUAACACUUUUAUAUUUUUGACAAUCUGUUUUUGGGUGGCCAUUAUUUAACAUUUGUGCUAUUGCAAUUUUCUCAGCGGCACAGGACUUCCCAUUAUCUUUAUCUAGUCCUCAGCAGACGUGUUGCUUGCAUUUGCUUUUGUAUUAUGGUAUUUUAGAACUGAGCAACAGAUCUGAAAAUAUGCGUAUCAAAGUUGCAGAAUUUCAGCACAUGGAAGCAGUUCCUGGUUUUGUCUAAGUGGUGUGAGUGAGUUGGAAGUGAACAAGAAUGAAAAAAGUUGUAAUUGUGGAUACUGAUGAUUACAGACAACUAUAUUUUGCUGUAAGUGUCUGAAAAAGGACCAAUAUAUAUAUUUUUCUGCCAUGGCAGCCAGUGCAUCCUCCGGAUAAACUUUUGUUGUUUUGAUAUUUUUUGUUCCUGAAACACACCAGUGUAAAUUCUCAUUUUUUUGGAUCACCUGUCAAGAGUUUAAUAAAAACAUUUAAUUCAUAUGUAAAAUUCACAGCGUAUCUUAAUGAACUGCAAUUGAGAUGAUAUUGUCUUGGGUGGUAAUGGUGUAGUUGUAUUUCACAGACGGCAUACUGAAGAUUACCACUUGGUCAGUACUUCAGUAAGCUGGACCUGGCUUGUAUCUAUAAAUUUAUUGUGACAUUUAGUCACACCACAUUAAUGCAAUAGCAGUUAAAUUAGUAAAUAACCUGGGUUCAGUGUGUUGACGAAUUCUUUAAAAGAAACAGAUGUACAAAUUGUAUAGGGGAUUUUGAAGUGGGGCUGCCUUGAAUGAAUCUAGAUCACUGAAAAAAAUCAAAAUAAGAUGAUGGGGAUGUUCUAGAUUUACAUGUCCAACUCAAACAUUCAUAUCUAAUAAAUGUCUUCCCUGAGUUAUCAUCGACAAGGUGACCGAUUGUGCUGAAAAGUACUGUUCCCUGCAAAGUUACUCUGAUAUGUAUGUCAAAGUUCUUGACAUUUGGAGAACUACACAGUAGAUGAGGGUACUUGAAUAUUUCUGUUACAACUGUUACAAUUAUUAAAUGGCGUGGAAAGAUGAUUUGUGUGACAUCUUUGUUAUUAAUGGUGAUAAAAUUUUUGAAUACUUUUCCAUUCAGGGCCAGAAAUGAGUUUUUGAUCCUAGCGGAAGCUGCCAGAGCUACGCGAUAUUUGUAUGAAAGAGUGCACUGGCAGAGAGGCUAUAUGAAGAAUAUUUUUUUAGAAAUUGCAUAUCUCCAUUUUGGAGAGCGAAGGUGGGGCUGUCUCAGAGAUAAAACUGCUGAAGAAAAUCCAUUAAACUGCGAUGCUGAUCUC